CUGCUCCCCAGCUGCAGUCUGACUGAGGGAUCGGGUCUGACGGGUCGACAGAGAGACUGCCUCCCUGCUCGGUUCCCCUUGGUGGAUUCCACGCAGGCGCUUCGGCUGCCGUUUCAGUGGCAGAAUGAGCAUGUACGGGUCCCAAAAGGCCCUGAACAUGGGCCCCGGGGUCGGGUCCAAAGGCAACUUGACUGCCACGGGGAUGCAGUAUUACUCGCAAGGUGAUCUCGUGCACGCAGGCGGUAAUGGGUACGAUCCCUACCUUGAGGAGUACAACACCUUCAACUUUUCAAAGUCCUCUGGAGGCGGAAUGGCGAGCGGAAUGCUGAGCGGCACGGGAGGCGGAAUGAUGAGCGGUACGAGAGGCAGAAUGGCGAGCAGCAAGGGAGGCGGAACGAUGAGCGGCACGGGAGGCGGAAUGAUGAGCGGUACGGGAGGCAGAAUGGCGACCAGCAUGGGAGGCGGAACGAUGAGCGGUACGGGAGGCGGAAUGAUGAGCGGUACGGGAGGCAGAAUGGCGACCAGCAUGGGAGGCGGAACGAUGAGCGGUACGGGAGGCGGAACGAUGAGCGGUACGGGAGGAAGAAUGGUGACCAGCAUGGGAGGCGGAACGAUGAGCGGCAUGGGAGGCGGAACGAUGAGCGGCAUGGGAGGCGGAACGAUGAGCGGCAUGGGAGGCGGAACGAUGAGCGGCAUGGGAGGCGGAACGAUGAGCGGCAUGGGAGGCGGAGAAUCAGGCAGAAUGAUGAGUACAGCGGGCGGAAUGAUGAGCGUAACGGGAGGCGGAAUGGCGAGCGGCAUGGGAGGCGGAGAAUCAGGCAGAAUGAUGAGUACAGCGGGCGGAAUGAUGAGCGUAACGGGAGGCGGAAUGGCGAGCGGCAUGGGAGGCGGAGAAUCCGGCGGCAUGAUGAGCCAGAAAGUAGGCGGAAUGAGUGCCUCGAGUUCCAUCCACCAGAAAUCCAUGAUCCUGCAGAGCCAGUGCCAGGAAUACCUGAUGCAAGCCGAAUACGCCCUACAGUCUGGCAGCAACAUGGGAGACGUAGAGCGCUACAUGAUGAUGGCCAAAGAGAUCAUUGAGCAGCUGAAGAACUGCGCGGUGGACUUGAGGAAACUGGGACAACCCAACGACAACGUAGUCAGGACUGUGGAGAUGUGCAACGACCAGCUGAAAGGGGUCCACAGGGCCAUGACCGGCUCCAUGCCGAGGAGGAGGAGGAGCAACAGAGGGAGCUCCGGAGCCUGGGAGGAGCCUGGAAGGAGCUUCCAAGAUGCCAUGGCCUGGAUUGCACAGCAAAAGCGUCUGAUUGAAACUUCUUCUUGGGGGGAAGAUGCUGCCACCAUCGACCAGCAGCUCAUCAGCCACCAGAACUUUCACAGCUCCAUCCAGAGGAGCGGCGAGGUGGACCGAGCCCAAGAUGACCUGAAUAAGAAAGGAGACAAGGGCAAUCUUCACGCUCUGGACCAGGAAUGGGACAGUCUGCAGAAAAUGUCGUUUGGACGGACCGAGCAGCUGCAGGACCUUAAGCGGAUCAUCCAGGAUAUGUCCAAGGAGAUCAUGUGGGUGAACGACAGGGAGGAGGAGGAGCUGAUGUUUGACUGGGGAGACAAGAACAUCGACCAGUACAUCCCCCGCAAGCAGGAGAGCUACUCGAAACUGAUGAGUGCCCUGGAGGAAAAAGAGAAGGACCUGAAUAAGCUGAAAACCAGAGUGGAUACCCUCCUGAAGAACAACCACCCAGCUUCAGACAAGAUCGAGGCUUACAGGGACACUCUCCAGACGCAGUGGAGUUGGCUCCUUCAAAUCACCAAGUGCAUUGAUGUCCAUCUGAAGGAGAACGCAGCUUACAAUCAGUUCUUCAAAGAGGCCAAUGAGACGUACAGCGGUCUGCAGAAGGAUCAUGAGCUGAUCCGUAAUAACUUUCUCUGUGACAAGGACACUUCACUGGAGAACCUAAUGGAGCUCCUCAAGGGACUCGAGAAAGAGAAGGAGAGGAUUAUGGAAAACAAGAGGCAGGUCCAGCGUCUGGUCAACAAGUCGAGGACCAUUGUGAGACUGAAACCCAGAAACCCCGGCGAUAAGAGCAGCAGCCCCAUCAUUGUCAAAGCCCUGUGUGACUUCAAACAAGACCAGAAAGUGAUUUGUAAGGAAAAUGAAGCCAUCCUAAAGGACAACAGUCAACGCAGUAAGUGGGACGUCACGGGUCCCGGAGGACUUGAUAUGUUGGUGCCCUCUGUGUGCCUGAUCGUACCUCCCCCCAACCCACACGGCAUCAGUCUAGCCAACAAGAACGAGCAGUACUUCGAUGCCAUCCUGUCAAUCUGGAAUCAGCUGUACAUCAACGUUAAGAGUCUCAUCGCCUGGCAGUACUGCCUCAUGGACAUCAGAAAAAUCAACUCCCUCACCGUGUCCAUGCUGUCCCAAAUGCGGCCUGAAGAAUACCGUCAACUUAUCAAGAGUCUGGAGACUCGCUAUGAGGAGUUCAUACUGAGCAGCUACAACUCCCAGAUGUUUGCUGACGACGAUAAGAGAAGCAUUGAGAACCAGUUCAAUGGAGCUCAAUGCCAUUAUGAACAGCUGCUGGUGCAGCUGCCUAAAUACAGACAUCAGGGACAAAUAGAGAUACAGCAAGCAGAGCAGCAAGCAGCUGAGGCAAGAAGGCUUGAAGAGGAAGCCAGGAUGCGCGAAGAGGUCAGGAGGCGUGAAGAAGAAGCAAGGAGGCUCAAAGAAGAGACCAGGAAGCUCGAACAAGAAAAACCAGUUAGAAAAGUGAGGAAAAAAGAAGUGAAGGAGGUAUUCAAAGCGGGAAAGGUGACCCAAUGUACUGCCUCGUCCACCUCCACCUCCACCUCCACCUCCACCUCCACCUCCUCCUCCUCCCGCAGCUUAACUGAGCUGCAUGCGCUCAGACUCAGGCUGGAUGGCGCCGAGGACACACUGAGUCAGCACGUUCACGUCUGCCUCGGCGACGACGGGAUGCACGACUGUGGCCUCAAGAUCUCUCAGCUAGAGACGGUGCAGCGUGAUGUCCAAUCCAUGCAUGCAGAGUACCUGCGUCUGAAGCAGCGAAUCUUGACGGAGCUGGAGGGCAUGAAUGAUUCUGAUAAAGCCCAGUUCCUCCGCAGUGAGAUUGGAGUCAUUGACCAAAGACUGGGCAGUCUAGAGAGCAGCUCCUCUGCUUACCUGCAGCGGCUGCAGGCUCUGAGGGACUUGCUUGAGAGUGUGGCGCAAGCUGAAGACAUAGUGAAAGUUCAUGAGGCCAGACUGACAGAGAAAGAGACCACUUCUCUGUCGCACAGUGAAGUGGAGGAUUACAUGUCGACCCUAAAGAAUGUUAAAGCAGAGCUGGAUGAAAAGGAAGGUGUCCUGUCCUCCAUGGAGGCGGACUUGGCCAAGGCCAGCCACUGGAACAGCCAGGUGGGCGGGCCCUUCCAAAGGUGUGACAUGAUGCUAUCCAAAUACACCGAGCAUGUGAACCUGCUGUCAGACCGCUGGAGAAGAAUCCACGGGCAGAUUGACACGAGAGUCCAUGAUUUGCAGUUGUAUAACCCUCAGUUGCAGCGCUACAAGCAGACCAGCAGCUCCCUUAUUGAAUGGAUUGAUGCCACAAAGAAGAAACAAGACGCCCUGCAGGCCACCAAGAUAGAGAGCAUCCCAGCACUGACAGAUCAUAUCAACAACCAGAAGGCCCUGAACUCAGAAAUCAAAGCGAGGAGGGAGACAGUGGAGAGCGUGCUGAAGGACAAUGAGCUGUGUGCGAAUGCUAUCAAGGACUAUGAAACGGACCUGGUCUCUUACAGCUCCGGUUUAGAGACUUUGCUCAACAUCCCCAUCAAACGGACAAUGCUAAAGUCACCGUCGAUGGAUCUCAAUUUUGAAGCCACACAGCUACAAACCCGUUACAUGGAGUUGCUCACUCAUUCUGAUGACUACUACAAAUUCCUGGGAGAGCUGCUCAAAAACAUGGAGGAACUCAAGAUUCGUAACACCAGGAUUGACCUGUUAGAGGAACAACUUCGGCUGUCUAGGGAGGCAAUGCAAGACCGCAACAUCCAGAACAAAUGUCUGGAAGAAACUGUUUCCAGUUACCGGGUGGAGUUGUCCAGCUCACAGAACAAGCUGCUGCAGAACAAUGUCACCAAGGACAAUCUUGACUCCACUCAGAGAAGGCUGGCAGACCUCAAUGAGGAGGUGACAAAUCUCAACUACUUGCUUGAAGAAGAAAAGACGAAGAGGAGGCUGGCAGAGGAUCGCUGCACUACGCAGCAGGAUGCAUACGAGGUCAGGCUGAGGAAGAGGCAGGAGGAGCUGGAGACAGUCAGCUGGUCCAGGACCGAGCUGGAGAAGAGUGGGGCAAAUAAGGACUAUGAGAUUGAAAAGCUGAGGCAGCAGCUGGCUGGGGGGGCAGCGAGGAUCAAGGAGCUACAGACGGAGAUGUCUAAGGUAAGGAGCCAAUUCAGUACGGAGAUAAAUAACUUAAAGCUCAGCUAUGAAUCCCAGAUCCACACCAGCCGCACAGAUAUCCAGAGGCUGGCCGCCCAGAGGGAGGAUGAUACCGCUGAUCUCCAGCUGCAGAAGGACAGGUUGGAGGCAGAGAGAAGAAAUAUAGAGGACGAGCUCAGGAGGCUCAGGAUGUCUCUGAGCAUGGCUGAAGAACAUAGGAUGAGGGCAGAGGAAGAAGCUCACAGCCAGCGGGCUGUCAUCACAGAGGAAGGGCGCAGGAGGAGAGAACUGGAGAGUCAGGUGGAGGGGCUGUUGAGGCAGAUAGACGAGGAAAGAAGCCAAUAUACAGAGGAGCUGGCUCAAGUCAUGAAGAGCCUGCAGGACACAAGUGAGGAGCUGGCCUACACUGCACAUAGUCUGGAGGAGGAGACCCGCAGGAGGAGAACUGUAGAGGAAGGGCAAAGUGUGCUUGAACAGACCUUGGCACAGCUGCAGGUGAAGCUAGCUAGUUCGUCAAUGAUUGUCACCCAGCUGGGGGAGUGCGAGGAGGAGCUUCAAAAGAUGCGUUUGGAGCUGGAGAGGGAGAGCAGAGAGCGAAGCCGAGCAGAACAAAACAUGAGCAGGUUACAGGGACGCAUGAAGGACCUUCAGGCUGUGAGAGAUGGGCUUGAGAGCCAAGUGGAAAAUCUGAGAAAGGCUAACCAAGAGGAAGUGUCCAGAAGAAGGGAGAUAGAAACAGAGCUGGAAAACAACACCAUGGCCAUGACAGACCACAUCAGCACCAUUACCACGCUACACCAGAGCCAAGAACGGACCACCGCGUUAGAAAAGAGAGGGGAGGAAGAGCGUCUUAGGUUACAGGAGGAGUUGGAGAGAAGCUUGAGACAAAGCAAGACCUCUGCAGAGCAGAUAACCCAGCUGAGCGCCGAGCUGAAGGCCCUGCAGCAACAACACCUCCAGGAGCAGGCCAGAGGCAAAGAGGCAAACCUCAGGAAUGAAAGCCUGUACAGAACUAUAGAGGAGAAGAGUAAAUCACUGAAUGAGAACUCUGUUGAGCUUCAAAGGCUAAAGGAAAUGACUGAAACCCAGACCAAAGAGAGGCUGAGGCUGGAGGCAGAACUAAGGACCACACAACAUGAUAAAGAGGAGCUCUUGAGAUCACAACAGGGAUGUGACAAUGAGCUCUCCUCCCAGAUCUCUAGUCUGCAACUGCAGCUGCAAGCCAGUGAGCGCAGUAAUGUAGAUUACCAUAACCUGGUGUCAGAGCUUUCAUCGGAGAGGAAGAAACUCACGCUGGAAACUGAGAAAAUACAAAAGCAGGCCACCGAGACAACAGCCUCGAUGCUAUCCAUUCAGUCCCAGUAUAGCGUAAUUGUGAAUGAGAGAGAUGCUCUUUUGCUGAAACUGCAAUUGUUGGAAAAGGACAGUGAUCGCUACCAAAGGCUAGAAGAGGAACUCAGUCGCAUGAAAAUGUCACACGACUCUGAGCUUCAUAAUAGGCAGCGUCUGCAGGAGGAGAACGAGAGGGUUAAGAGGGAUUUUGUCUACUGGAAGGACCAGUAUAAUAGUACGCAGGGCCUGAUAAGGGAACAUGACACAGAAAAGGAAAGUCUGGAGAGGGAAAAUAACUCCUUGAAAAGUGAGAUGGAGAAGCUGAUGAGGGAACACAGGGAGAUUGGUGAUUCAUAUAAAAUAAAGCUAUCAGCAAUGGAGAAGAAACAAGAAGUAGCUGUCAGUAAAAGGGAGCCUCCAACCUUGGAUGCCUCCACUCUGUUUUUUGACGGAGUCCGUAAGCCAGUCACAGCAAACCAGUUGCUUGAGUGUGGUGUUUUGGACAAAACAACAGUCAACCAGCUUGUGAAGGGGCAAAAGACCGUUCCUGAUGUGUCUAUUGAUAAAAAGGUCAGUCUCAAAGGUACCGGCCCUAUAGCUGGGGUGGUAAUUGAGGGUCUUAAAGGUACGGGGUCUGUUACAGGACCUACAUACAAAAUGAAUUUCACAGAAGCAAAGAAAGAGAAUCUGCUACCUCGAGAUAGCAUUGCCCUGCUAUUGGAUGCUCAGGCUGCCACAGGCCACAUAAUUGACGCCAGGACUAAUCGAAAGAUGACAGUUGAAGAGGCAUGUGAUCAAGGUGUGGUUGAUGAAAGCGACAGACAGAGGUUAAUAGCAGCAGAAGCUGCAGCUGUAGGAUAUCGGGAUCCUGGCACAAGCAAACCCCUUUCAGUGUUUCAGGCCAUGAAGAAAGGGCUGAUUGACAAGAACACAACACUGCGUCUGCUACAAGCCCAAGAGUCUGUUGGGGGCAUUUUAGAUCCUGUACUCAGUGUGUUCCUUCCCCAAGACACAGCUAUUGAGCGUAACCUAAUUAAUGAAGACCUAUGUAGUGCUUUGAACCAGAGACCUGAGCUUUAUCUAGACCCAGAAAGUGAGGAUGGUGCAUCCUAUCUCUCAAUGAAGAGGAGAUGUAAGGUAGAGUUACACACAGGCCUUCUGCUUCUCCCGGUCUUUGAGAAGUUAAAGCCCUCCAAACUUGUCUUUGAUGGUGUUAGAAAACCUGUCACAGCCGAGCAGCUGCUUAAUUGCGGCGUCCUGGACAAGCCAACAUUUAUAGAUCUAGAAAAGGGAAAGAAAAAUGUCUCAGAAGUCUCUGCUGACAAAAACCUUAGUCUGAAGGGGACAGGGCCUAUUGCUGGGGUUGUAGUAGGGAGUCAAGGCAAAAUGUCUUUUUCAGAAGCCAAGAAAAAGUUGCUCAUCCCUGAAGAUAGUGCAAAUUUGCUACUGGAAGCCCAGGCUGCCACAGGUCACAUCAUUGAUCCCAGAAACAAUCAAAAGUUGACUGUAGAAGAGGCAUGCGCCAGAGGAUUGGUUGACAUUAGGGACAGGGACAGAUUAUUGGGGGCUGAAGCUGCUGCUGUGGGAUACAAGGAUGGUAUUUCCGGCAAGCCUCUCUCAGUGUUUGACGCUAUGACAAAGGGACUAAUUGACAAGAAGACUGGACUACGCCUGCUGCAGGCCCAGGAGUCGGUGGGGGGUAUUCUUGAUCCCAAUCUCAGUGUGUUCCUUCCAAAAGAUACAGCGAUAAAGCACAACCUUUUGGAUGAGAACCUCCGCCAGGCUCUAAAUCAGAGUCCUGAGUGUUAUCUGGAUCCAGAGACUGUGUGUGAUGUCAGUUAUGAAGCAUUGAAAAAAAGAUGCAAGAGAGAGCCCCACACAGGUCUGCUUCUUUUGCCAAUUACUGAGAAGCUAGACCCUUCUACAUUGGUCUUUGAUGGUGUUCGUAAGAAAGUAACAGCAAAGCAGUUGCUUGACUGUGGAAUUCUGGAUGAACCAACAUUUAACCAACUGCUGAAGGGAGAGAAAUCUGUACCAGAGGUGUCCAUGGAUAAGAAGGUAUUUCUGAAGGGUACAGGAACCAUUGCUGGUGUGGCAGUUGGACCUUUAGGGAAAAUGUCUUUAUCAGAUGCCAAGAAACAGAUGCUCAUGCCCCCAGAAAGUGCAGAUUUGCUAUUGGACGCUCAGGCUGCUACAGGACACAUCAUUGACCCCACAACCAAUCAGAAGCUGACAGUAGAGGAAGCAUGUGCAAGAAGAGUGGUGGACAAUCGGGAUCGAGAUAGACUUUUGGCAGCAGAAGCCGCUGCUGUGGGAUACCGGGAUCCUAGCACGGCUAACCCUCUCCCAGUGUUUGAGGCAAUGAAGAAGGGAUUGAUUGACAGGAAGACUGGGCUACGCCUGCUGCAGGCCCAGGAAUCUGCUGGAGGCAUACUUGAUCCUAAUCUCAGCGUGUUCCUCCCCAAAGAGGCAGCUAUCAAACGUAAUCUUUUGGAUGACGACCUUUAUCGAGCUCUAAACAAGAGUCCUGAGUGUUAUAUUGACCCAGACACUGAGCGUGAUACCAGCUAUGGCACUUUAAAGAAGAGAAGCAAAACAGAGUCUCACACAGGCCUGAUACUUCUACCAAUAAUAGAGAGAAAAGACGCUUCCAAACUAAUGUUUGAUGGAAUCCGUAAGCCAGUCUCAGCACAGCAGUUGUUUGAAUGUGGAGUCCUUGACAAGUUAACAUAUGACCAACUAGUUAAAGGGGAGAAAACCAUUCUAACAGUUUCUAUGGAAAAGACAGUCUUUCUUAAAGGGACUGGAGCCAUUGGCGGGGUGUUAGCUGGACGUGAAGGAAAAAUGUCUUUUUCAGAAGCUAAAAAACUGUUUCUCCUGCCUGAGGAUAGUGCUUAUUUGCUACUUGAAGCCCAGGCUGCAACAGGCUACAUUAUUGACCCUAAAACUAACCAGAAGCUGACAGUAGAGGAGGCAUGUGCCAGAGGGGUGGUUGACAUUAGGGAUCGAGACAGAUUAUUGACAGCCGAGGCUGCUGCUGUGGGCUUCAAGGACCCUAGCUCAGCCCAGCUUCUCUCAGUGUUUGAGGCAAUGAAGAAGGGAUUAAUUGAUAGUAAGACCGGGAUACGCCUACUUCAGGCCCAGGAGUCUGUGGGAGGAAUUAUUGACCCUAAUCUCAGCGUGUUUCUCCCCAAAGACAUAGCUAUCAAGCACAACCUAUUAGAUGAAAACCUCCGCCAAGCUCUGAAACAGAGCCCUACUUGUUAUCUUGACCCAGAAACUGAGCGUAAUGCCACCUAUGGGGCUUUGCAGGAAAGAUGCAAGACAGAGCCUCAAGCAAGCUUACAACUUUUGCCACUUUCUGAGAGGUUUGACCCUUCAAAACUAAUUUUCGAUGGUGUUCGUAAGACAGUCACAGCACAGCAAUUGCUUGAUUGUGGGGUCCUGGACAAACGAACAUUUAACCAGCUAUUGAAGGGAGAGAAAACUAUCACAGAGGUGUCUGUGGAUAUGAAGAUUUUCCUGAUGGGGACAGGGUCAAUUGCUGGUGUGGCAGCAGGACCUUCAGGGAAAAUGUCUAUUACAGAAGCCAAAACACAGAAAGUAAUGUCAUCUGACAGUGCUGACAUGCUACUGGAAGCUCAGGCAGCUACUGGCUAUAUCAUUGACCCCAAAACGAACCAAAAACUGACUGUAAAGGAAGCACGUGCCAGAGGAGUUGUGGAUAAAGAAGAGGAAUCAAUGUUGUAUGCUGCUGAAGCAGCUGCCAUAGGUUACAAAGACCUAAAUACUGGCAAGCUCCUGUCAGCGGGCCAGGCCAUGAAAAAGGGAUUAAUUGACAAGGACACAGCUUUACGUCUACUUCAGGCUCAAGAGUCUGUAGGGGGUAUUUUGGACCCUGCCCUUGGUAUAUUUCUACCCAAAGACAUUGCUAUGGAUAGGGAUCUCAUAGAUGUGGACUUAUAUCAGGGCCUGAAUCAGUGUCCUCAGUGUUAUCUUGACCCAGACACCCAACAAGCCACUACUUAUGUUUAUCUAAAGAAGAAAUGCAAGGCAGAUCCAAGAACAGGUCUUUUGCUUCUCCCUGAACCUAAAAAGCCACUAACUGUCCAGGGUCUCAGGGGCCAGGUGUCGGUCAUUGAUCUAGUUGAUGCAAACCUUUUAAACCAAUCGGAUCUGGACCAACUAAGGGAGGGCAGACUGACAAAGCAGGACAUUGAAAACCGCCUGCACUCCUACCUGAGAGGCUCCUCUUGCAUAGCAGGAGUUUAUGAUAAUGCCAGUGAUAAGAUGAUGACAAUCUAUCAGGCCAUGAAAAAUGGACUGUUGCUUCCUGAGACCACUCUGAAACUGCUGGAGGCCCAGGCUGCCUCAGGUUUUAUAGUUGAUCCUGUCACCAACAAUUACCUGAAUGUUAGUGACGCUUACAAUAAAAGACUGUUUGGGCCAGAGUUUAAAGACACUCUGCUAUCUGCAGAGAGGGCUGUGACUGGCUACAGACUGCCUGGAACAAACAAGGUCAUCUCCCUCUUUCAGGCCAUACAGAGGGGAGGUUUGGUAGAGAGAGGUCAUGGACUACAUCUACUAGAGGCCCAGAUUGCCAGUGGCGGUAUAAUUGAUCCUGAAUAUAGCCACCGUAUUGACGUAAACAUAGCCUACAAGAGAGGUCACUUUGAUAAGGAAAUGAACAAGAUUGUGACUGACGUUAAUAACAAGGGUUUCUUGGAUCCCAACACAGAGGAAAACCUAAGUUAUCUGGAGCUUAAGAAACGCUGUAUCACAGAUAAGAAGACUGGCCUCAUACUUCUGCCUAUCACAGACAAGAAAGAUCAAGAGUCGACUCAGAAGAACAGUCAGAGAAAGAGGAGAGUGAUAAUCGUAGACCCAGAGACUAAUAAAGAGAUGACAGUACGUGAAGCGUAUGACAAGGGGUUUAUUGACUACGAUACCUUCCUGGAGCUGUCAGAGCAGGAGUGUGAAUGGGAAGAGAUCACUAUCACUGCUCCAGAUGGUUCCAAACAAUUUGUUAUCAUUGACAGGAAGACUGACAGACGAUAUGAUAUUACAGAGUUGCUUGAAAAGCGAGUAAUUGAUCAAUCCGAUCUAGAUAAUUACAGAUCUCGUACCAUCACCCUUGCUGAAUUUGCAGCUAUCAUCGGCAACAAGACCAAAUCAUUAUCAUCAGUAUCGGCAAUGACUUCAAGAACAUCAGUAUCCCCUGGGACAUCUUUAGUAACAUCAUCAUCAACUUUAAGAACGUCAGCAGCCUCAGUUCCAUCGUCAAUGACAUCUUCAUCAUCAUUAGUCCUGUCAAGACCUGUAUCACCUACUUUAGCCAAGAUGACAACAACAAGAACUACAACUGUCACAGAGCGAAGCGCUUCAAACAUCCGUGUAGCUAGUGACUCACUCGAUUCCCUACAGGGUAUAUCCAGCGUAUGUAUCAAUCUUGCCUCUCCUGUGGAAAUAGUGGGUGACCAGGUACCUGUAGGUGCCAUCUUUGACACAGACACUAUAGAGAAGAUAUCCAUCAGUGAAGCUCUGAAUCGUGGUCUGUUAGAUUCCAUUACGGCUCAAAGACUGCUGGAGGCUCAGGCCUGCACAGGGGGAAUUAUUGAUCCCAUAAGUGGCCAUAGACAUAGCAUCCAAGAGGCGACACGCCUUGACAUAAUAACUUCUGACAUGGCCUCAAAGCUUAAGCCUGCCCAGAAAGCCUUCUUUGGCUUUGAGGAUGUGAAAACCAGGAAGAAGAUGUCUGCUGCUCAAGCCGUUAAGGAGGGUUGGCUACCAUAUGAGGCUGGGCAGAGGUUCAUGGAGUUCCAGUUUGUAACAGGAGGGCUUUAUGAUCCAGAAAUAGGCUCUAGAAGAACUAUGGACGAGGCUGUGAAAUUGGGCUGGCUGGACGAGAGGGCACGUCAGAAUCUCCAAGACAUCAGACACCACAAAAAGAACCUAACUUGCCCCAAGAGCAAACUUAAGAUAUCAUACAAGGACGCUCUUGAUAAUUGUCUGGUGGAGGAAAACAGUGGGUUGAAAAUGCUCCAGGCAUCAUCUGUCUCUUCCAGAGGGAUCAGCAGUCCCUAUAAUGUCUCCUCUGCCCCCGGAUCAACCAGCGGCUCCAGGAGUGGCUCCAGGAGUGGCUCCAGACGAAGCUCCCGCAGGAGCAGUGUGGACCUAGGCUCCCCCCAAUCAUUAACUCUUCACCAAAGUCGCACCAGCCUCACUAACUUCUUUUCUAACUCCACUAGAUAAAUAAAGAACAAUUUUUUUACAUUCAGAAACUGUUUUUUUACAAAUGAAUCAGGAUCUGUUAAUUGUAGAGUUAUGGUUGAGAAAAGAACUUAUGUUGAACAUGAGGAGAAAAAAUGUAAAACAUGAUGUACUUCAAAGAUAAUGCUUUUCUGGCUUUUUUAUAUAGUUUAAGAUUUUUGCUUUGGUGGUGCUAUGGAUAGUAGUAUAAUAAUUGGUUCCCUUAAGUUGCCUUAGAUUUCUUAUAGACUUUAUACACAAUUGGAAAUAUAUUUUUCAAAAUGCUCCUUCUUUGCUAUUUCUUUUUAAGCAGUUGCAUUGGUAAAAAAUGGUCUUGUGUUUACAAUUAUUUGUAAUCUGAAAUGCCUGCUUUGUGAGAGAAGGGAUGUGGGGUUUGGUUAUAUGCCUUGGCUUGAGUAUUAUUUUUUUAAAUGCUGUUGUUAACCAUUGUUUGUUUGAACUGGUUUUGUAACAGUUCAAUAAUCAAUAACGCAAAAUAAAGAUUUGGCCCUUUUCA